GCGGCGGUGUUGCCAUAGGGCCGGGCGUGUGAUGGUGGCGUGCGGGUGAUGGUGGAGGGGCUGGUGUUCCGUGGCCGGGGCGACAACAUGAAGGUGGACGGCAGCGCCCUCAGCAUCCCGCUGCCCUCCCCGCCCCUACCGCAGAGGGCCUCCCGCCUCGCCUGCCUCGCCGCCACCACCCUCGCCUUCCUGCUGGGCGUCGUGGUGGGCGUCAUGCUGCCGCUGGUGCUGGCCACGCCGCCUCUCGACCUGCCCUCGGCCCUGCCCUCGGCCCUUGCCCCUCAGCAGCAGGGUGAGAUUGCUGACGACGGCACCAAGAUGAUGGUGGAGGGCGGCGCGGGCGUGACGCCCCCGCUACACACCUGGGCGCCGCCCGUCGCCACCACGGCGGCCCCCGGCGACGACGACAACCAGACGAGGUGGGGCGGGCAGGAGCACGACGCCCCCGACGUGGAGGAGGCGGCGGCGCUGCUGGUGGACGAGGUGUACUGGGGCGCCGCCGUGGAGGCCGCCGUCCCCAGGGGCUUCCCGGACCACGAGGUCGACGACUGGCGGCGCUUCACGCGGCGCCAGGCGGUGGUGCGCCUCCAGGAGGGCUGCGGCCGCAUGCAGAACCGGUUGCUGACCUUCGAGAACGGCACGCAGUCGUGUUGUCGUUACCGCCAGAACCACGACCAGAUCCAGGGCGAGAUCUUCAGCUUCUACCUCAGCCGCCUCCUGGGCAUCACCAACGUCCCGCCCUCGGCCCUGGGCGUGGUGCGGGCGGGGGCCUGGCAGUGGGCGGGCGUGGGCGGUCAACUCGCCUUGGCCCAGUGGGCCGAGGAGCGGCCCGUGGUGAUGACUCGCUUCGUAGAGGGCCUGGCGCCCGCCUUCAUCCCGCCGGCGCUGCGGUCGAGCCGCAGGCGGCUGCACCCGCUGGAGGUGGAAGAACGAGACCCGCGGGACCUGGCCGGCCUGGCCGAGCUGGCCCAGUGGUCCGACCUCAUCAUCUUCGACUACCUCACCGGCAACCUUGACCGCGUGGUCAACAACCUGUACAACAUGCAGUGGAACCCGGCCAUGAUGGAGGCGCCCGCGCACAACCUGGCCGUGCACGCCCCCUCCGGCCUCCUCGUCUUCCUCGACAACGAGUCCGGCCUCCUGCACGGCUACCGCCUCCUCGACAAGUACGAGACCUUCCACGCCUCCCUCCUGCACGCUCUCUGCGUCUUCCGCAGGUCCACGGCGGACCGCGUGCGGCAACUGGUGGCCCGACGAGACGUGGGCGACCGCUUGCGGAAGAUGUACGGGCGGCACGAGCCAGACUUGCAGGAUGUGUUGCCGCCCAUCCCGGACAAGUCGGUUAAGAUCCUCAACGAGCGGCUCCGAGCGGUCCACAAACAAAUCUCUAAGUGCGAGCAGAUGUACGUCGGCGCGUGAGUCCGGCCACCACGCCCUGUGAGGCGUGGGUCAGGGCCGUGCCUACCUGCCUUGUGAUAUUUUUGUGGGCGUCGGCUUCCACGCCCGACAUACCCGAACCUUCCAGUGAGCGGGCGUGCCCACGGACACCCGGGGAGCUCUUCUCCACGCCCACUACCUCUACAACACCAAAACUAAAAAAAGACACGUGUGGGUGGCGCGGGUAUCACGUGGGCGUGGCGCGGGUAUCACGUGGGCGUGGCGCGGGUAUCAAGUGGACGUGGCGCGGGUGACGGCGUCACUUAUACUCAUGUAUACUAUUCUAAACAUCCGUCCUGACGGUUCGUGUCCAAGAGUGCGUCUAGUGGUCGUGUACGUCGCUGGUGCCAUCUUGUGUACAAUCCCUCACUCACGCACACACGUGGUGACGUCACGUGUGUGUGUGUGUACUAGUGACAUCAGGCGUAGAGCCUCAGGCGGAUCUAAACACCAAUAUGACGGACUACUAAGAGGAGUAAAAGCCUCCUAGCCCCCUAGAAUUGGAUGAAAAAUGGAGUGGUAGUGCGAGGUUAAGUGGUGGCAGCGUUAAGAGAUGGCUUGUGGGUGUUGCUGAUAGGUUGCCAUCUUGCGGGCGUCCGCCCUACACUGCGAUGUCUCAUUUACUGUUUUUAAUCCACUUCAUGUAAUCUUCUAGACAGGUUUUCUGCUUUUUAUGAUAUCUAAUGUUUUAUUUUGGUGGCAAAUAUAUGUUUCAGCUAGAAAAAUCAAAUGUUAUUAAUUUUGGACAAAACAUUCACUUAAAAGAAAAAAUGGAGUAUUGGAAGAGCGAGACAUGUGUUCGGACGUAGUGCGCAUUUCACAUAUAUUAAGAGUUUGUUUCCUUCUUAUUUUAAUUUCAAAACAUCACCUUUUUUUCCUACAAAUGGAAUACUGUAGUAUUCAGUAUUAUCAGUACAAAUCACCAACAGAAUUCCAGUUGUAUCACAAAAAGCUGUGCAUAUUCCCAGUGUAAAUUGUAGAGGCUUGCGAGGCAUCUUCGGACAGGCGGAGUGGGUCGUCCCCUGAUUAUAGGUUGAAGACAUGACGGUUGCCGCUCACCAGUAUUUUCCCAGACAUAUUUCUUUCGUGCCGUCACUCCAGACGACUCCCACGCAACAUUUGCAGCGUUACGCUACUUGUGUUGGGUGUGGAGGACGCGAGGGGGCUAAGUUCUCCUCCUGGGGCAGAUACGCCCCACCCGCGGGCCCAAUCUCACUUCAGCAUAAAUUCCGACACUUGCCAUCACCCAGGAAGCAAUUGCAUGAUGCAGACGUCGCUUGGGCAUCACCCAUUGGUCGGUUGGUGCUGCAGGGGGAAAACUGGAAGGGGAUUGGUGACCUACAGAGAAAGGGAGGCGACCUGUAAGGGUAGGGCAGCGACUAGUAAGGGUAGGGCAGCGACCAGUAAGGGUAGGGCAGCGACCAGUAAGGGUAGGACAGCGACCUGCAGGAAGAGGUUACGUAUAGGAAGAAGAGGGUUCCUGCAGGAGGACGGGACUUACUGGGGGAAGGAAAACUCUACUGGGAACAGCGAUAAUAUCCAAUUGGUGGAGGG